AGAAGAUCUAAAAGAUGCGACACCCAAUAGCCAUGAUGAUGAGCCUUCUUCUGGGCCUGGCCCUCGUCGCCCAGCUCCACGCCGCUCCUGCUCCCGCUCCCACUCCCGUGGAGGUGGUCUACACGGGCGAGAGCUGCGCCUGUCCCACGCAGCUGGGCUACCAACUGAAUGUGCCCAGUCCCGCCAAGCCCAAGAAGUACGGGGGCGGCGAGUACGGCUAUCGGGUGGAGAAGCCCGUCCAGACGAAGGCCAAGAUCAGCUACAGCUUCGACUUCACCGUGGAGCAGCCCAGGACUCCCGCACCGCCCAAGAGCAAUCCCUCCAAGCUGUACGCCAAGGUGGACCGGAUCACAGUCAACAAAGCGGAUUGCCAGGCCAAGGACAAGUCGACCUGCAGCUGCUCCAGUUGCUCCAGCCAAAAGCCCAGGUACGUAGUAGCUCCACCGAUCAGGUCGCCAAACGCGAUUCGUCGUCGCCGCGAUCUCCGACCACCGGGUUCCCUGCUCCGCCGGCGACUGAUGCGCCAGCAGCAGAUCCAGGAGCGUCCGCCGCGCUUCGUGAAGCUCUACCACAAGGACUUGACUCCGGCCCAGCAGAAGCAGCAGCUGAAGCUCUUCGGGCUCAUACCCUUGGAGUCCGCACAGCCGGCGGCUGCCUCGCCGAAAUCCAAGCGGAAGACCAAGAAAACCCAGCCCAGCUGGAUGAGUCGUCGUUUGCGCAAGCGCGAUAUCAAGGGCGAGUACGAUCUUCUCGAGCAGGAGCGCUCCCAGGUAGAUCUCACGGCGCCCGAGAUAAUCCAGUUCAUGCCGGAGACCCUGAAUCCGGACUUUAAGCCCGGCCAGUGCCACAUGGGCUGUGGGGCGAUGGAAGCGGCGGCACCACCACUGCCUAAAGAGGAGGAGCACUCCACCCAGUUGCCCACCGAGCACACGGAGGCCCCAGAGCAGCAGCAGCAGCACAAUUCGAUUCCCUCCAAGCGGGCCGCCUUCGGCUACUAUCCGCUGCAGAUUCCCUCGCCGCUGGCGUCGCGUCAGGAGGACUACAAGUUCGUGGAUGACUCGCAGCUGCGCAGCCUCCUGUCCACCACCUCGGUGCCGGAUCCGCAGGAGUACAGCUCGACGCCGCUGCAGUUUGCCGGUGACCUGGAAUCGGUCACGAGGAGAUCCUAUGGCACACCGCUCCUGGGUCUCGGCGGUGGCUAUCCCGUGGAGCACGUAACCGACUCGCAGCUGGACAGCAUUAUCUCCGGCAUAGUGUACAAUCAUCCGGCCUACAGUCACUACUCCACCGAGGGCAGCCUGGUGGAUCCGGAGCCGGUCCAGAGGCAGCAGACAACGGAUUUCCUCAAGAAGCUCAUCGAUGGCCGCCUGGGCGGCUGGGGAUUCGAUCAGGCCGCUGAGCCCGAGCAGAGCCUACGGGAGGAUUACUCCAGGCAGCCGGCCAAAACGUAUGGCUAUAAUAGCCACACCCAAAAUGGCUACAGUGUGGACACCUAUAGUGCGCCGCCCAUAACGGAUUACCUGAGGGCCUGGUUCUAGAACACCCCA